UACAGUUCAUGUUAUGUACCGCUUGAGCUGAGCUGAGCUGAGCUAUAAAAACAACAUAGCAACACAAACUGUGGGAGGAUACUAAACAUCCGCUAAUAUCUGCGCCAUGAAUCCAUCCAAUCCGUUUGGCAGUCCACAAGGUGGAGCUUUCCAAGCCCCGAGCAACACUAUGAAGACUGAUUUGUUCCAGCCAUUUGGACAGCAAAGUUCUAGCAAUCAGCCCCAACCUAUGGGCUAUUUUCAACCAACCACGUUUGGACAGCCGUCCGUCUUGAAUCAGUCCUCGCCUCAGGGAAAUACCAUCUUUGGACAGACUCCUGCCUUUGGACAGUCGUCUACACAGCCCCCCUCACUGCCUACAAUAAGCCAGGCUCCAGCAUUUGGACAGCAACCUUUAGGAAUGAGUAGCUCAGGCUUUGGUAGCAGCUCUGCACCAGCUUUUGGACAGACUAGUGAACCCACCCAAAGUUCAGUAUUUGGCCAGACACCUUCGUUUGGGCAGCCGUCAGCGUUCGGGCAGGCUCCAGGUUUUGGCCAGCAACCCCCGGGAUUUGUCAAACAGCCACCAGGAUAUGGCCAACAGCCCUCUGGGUUUGGGACUUCCCAGAUGACUUCUGUUUCUACCACUGCUUUAGGGCAACCUCAGCCACCCGGUUUUGGACAGUCUAUGUUUGGACAGCCAUCAUCUACCGCUGUCACCACCGGUGUAUUUGGCACAGCUCCCAGUGCGACCCAGAGCAGAGGCUUUGGGUCAUCCAAUUACAAUUUCAAGCCGGCCAAUGAGGCACUGUUCAAACCCAUCUUCAAUGCCAGCCCCGAGCCGGCUAACCCUCAAACUACUGCAAUGUCCAGCUCACCUUUUGGCAGCAGUGGGUCCCAGACAAGCUCCAUCACCAUGGGUACCAGCAGCACCACCACCACUGGCUUCUCUCUGUCAACUGGGGCUACGUCUGGGCAGCUGGGCUUCAGCUUCUCACAGCCGGCUGCAGCCCCCUCUAUCACUGCUCAAACCAAUACACUAACAGCUGGCAAUAGCAGUAUACCUUCCAACACGCUGCAGUUCACCUUUUCCCAGCCAGCGGCCCCCUCCAGCUCCAGCACUAAGGGAUCUACCACUGAGCCCACCACCCCAUCGUCUUUCAGCUUUUCAGCCAAAGAACUCCAGCCCCAGGCCAGAACUCUUUUUGGCGGAAUCAAUGUUGGUCAGCCCUCAGCUUUUGGUGACACCAAAGCUAAAGCAGAGGCUAGUACACAGGAGAAAGGGAGCAUUCCGGAGCGCCUAGGAGAGACAAGUGUAUUUGCACGACUUGGUAAAGGCACCAAGCGAAAGGAUGAUCCAGCGGUCCCCAGCGCUGUCCCAGAGAAGCCCGCCACAGGAGAGGAGGAGGAGGAUGCUCUAGCAGAAGCAGAUGCACCAAGACAUCCUUCAAAGAGGCCCCUGAUGAGGUCCCGCCGCCCACCAGCAGGCUUAUUCGGUAGGGCAUUAAGUGGUCUUCGUAAAGAGGCCACAAAAGACACCGAUCAGCCAGCAACAAAGUGGGAGGAAACAGAGAGGGAAGACGUUCAAUCUCAGGGGGAUGACGUACCUCCUACACCUCCCACAGCAGAACCACUGACCAGGGAUUUGCCAGAAAAAGCUGAAGAGUCAGACUCAGCAAACGCCCCAGUCUCUAACCUUGGCAUCACAACCCCUGUGAGGCGUGGCGUACGCAGGGAGAGCUCAGAGAGCCUGGGUGGCAUGUCUCCCACCGACUGCACCAUCAUCCACUGCAGGAAUGUGCCUCCAAACCUCAACAGGAAGGACGUGAUGGAGAAGCACUUUGGUCGUUUCGGCAGAGUCCGUAAGGUCAUCUGCCGGUCUGGCAAGAACAUGGCAACGGUGCACUUUGAUGACCAUGCAUCAGCGGCAAAGGCAAAGAAGAAAGGAAAACUCCUCCAUAGACAUGAGCUCCUUCUCUUGUGGCAGAAAAAGAAGCAGAGUCCAGAGGACAAAGGGAGCAGACCUGCAGCAGGAAAGGAGAAGGCAGAGGGAGGAAGUCAAGAGGACACAGAGUCCAAGUCUGCUUCCUCCCCACUCAGAAAACCUGCGCUCAGAGGUCCUGCAAUGAGCAGUUUGAUGGCCUUCAGCCGCAGUUCUCCAGUUAAGAAGUCGUCUUUAGCAAAGGCUCUGCAGUUUGACACUGAACCCCAGAGAGAGAGCCGCACAGAGGCCCAAAGCUCGGAGCGCCCAGUCCCCUCCUCCCUCCUCCACCUCAUCGGCCAGAUGGCUGAGACCGCUGAGGACAAGUUCCGCCUCCUGGAGCAGAGAGACAAGAUCCUGCGUCAAGGUCGGCCCAAGAGGACGGACCUGGACCUGUCUAAGGUUUUUGUGGGGACAUGUCCUGACAUGUGUCCAGAGAAGGAGAGGUACAUGAGGGAAACAAGGAAACAGCUGAGCGUUUUCGAGUUCAUCCAAGAUUCUGAGAUGGUGGACCCCUCAGCAGCCAUCAAGGAAUACAGUCGCUCAUCAGCGGACCAGGAGGAGCCCCUGCCCCAUGAGUUGCGCCCCCUGCCUGUGCUCAGCAUGACCAUGGACUAUCUGGUUACUCAGAUCAUGGACCAGGGCCAUGAAAACUACCGGGACUGGUAUGACUUUGUCUGGAACAGGACCCGCGGCAUCCGCAAGGACAUCACCCAGCAGCACCUGUGCUGCCCGCUCACGGUGUCGCUGAUUGAGAAGUGUACACGCUUCCACGUGCACUGUGCUCACCACCUCUGUGAGGAGAAUUUGUCAGCUUUUGACGCCAAGAUCAAUAACGAGAACAUGACAAAGUGCCUCCAGAGUCUCAAAGAAAUGUACCAGGACCUUGCCAUGCGCAACAUCUACUGCCCCCUGGAGGCAGAGUUUCGCCAGUACAACGUGCUGCUGAAACUCAACGACGGUGACAUCCUACGUGAUGUUCAGCAAUUCCGCGACGAGGUGCGUAACUCCCCCGAGGUGAAGUUGGCCGUGCAGGCAUUCACUGCAGUCAACAGCAACAACUUUGUGCGCUUCUUCAAGCUGGUCAAAGGAGCCUCCUACCUCGCCAGCUGCCUCCUACACAGAUACUUCAAUCAGGUUAGAGCUAAAGCCUUGAAUAUCUUGAACAUUGCCCACACCGUGGGUCCAAGAUCGACUGCGUUUCCACUUGAGGACAUAGUUCGGAUGUUAAUGUUCCGCAACACUGAAGAGGCUUCUGACUUCAUCCAGCAGUACGGCCUCAACGUCAACGAUGGUGUGGUAGAGCUGAGUCGGAUAGCCUUUCAGGACCCAGAGCUGCCUCUGUCCCAGAAGAAGUCCGAGGUCAUCCUUGCAAAGAAAACAGUGUUGAUCGGAGAGGUGGUGAAUGGAGGCUCCCUCCCCAACCCUCUCCAGCACACCCCUGUCUGCAGCUUUGACUCCCAGAACAGGUACCGCGGUGACGGCCCUCUGGCUGAGCCCACUCCAAGCCAGUUUAAAGUCAUUGCGGCCAGGGCGGAGGUUAAGGUACCACCCGGCGUUGAGUUGCUGUCACAGGUCGUUCCAGACACGCCGGCUGCGUUCGGGUUGCCUCAUGCUGUUGCUGAUGAGACGGGAGAGCCCAGUGAUCAGUAUGACCGCUCCGCCCUCCCAGCAGACGCCCAGCAGCUGUUCCAGCCGAUACCUCAUCCUCAGCCUGUCAAACCUCCGUCACCUCCACCCAAACCUCAGCCGGUGUACAGCAAUGAGGACAUCAUGGCUGAACUAGACUGUGUGAUUGAGGAGGUGAUUGGAGCAGCAGUGAGGGAGGUAGCGGAAGCUGGUGCAAGCUAUGCCACAACAGCUCUUGCGGAGAGCGGUGUGCAGGUGGAGUCGCUGGUGAGUGAGGUGUUGGUACAGAUGCUGCAAGAGAUGUCCUCCACCGAGAUCCAGCUGGAACAGGAGCGUGUCGCUGACGAGAAACGCAAGGCCAGGAGGAGGCAGGAGCACGAGGCCUUCCUGGUUCAGUUCAGCUUCUCUUACUGCAAAGAGCUCAUCUACGAAGUUUUAGAUGAGACCAUCAAGGAGACGGCCACCUCUGAGAUCCAAAAGGCAGUGAAAGAGAAAAAGAACUGUUUAGCUAAAUGCACGGAGCAAGUCUGUACCAGUCUAGUUGAGGAGACUUUGAAUGCAGACAUUGCUCUGUUGGUUGAAGACCUCCUUGAAGCUGAGCUGCAACGCAUCCACAAGUAUAUCAAAAGGUGGCGUGAUGUGGUAGCAGUGCGUCGGCAGCUGAAGAGACAGAUGAGAGGAUUCCCUGCCGCUCCUUGCUGUGUGGACCCCCGAUUCAAACUGAAGGCUCUGGCUCCCAGCGCCCCUGCACAGCCCUCCAUGGCAGAUCUGGCCCGUGGUCUGGUCAACCUUGGAAACGCCGGCACCCUGGCCCUCUCCAGCACCAGAUUGUUGAAAAUGAGAGAAGAAGCAAUCCACCAGAUGAGAGUCCACUACUAUUACCAGCAGCUGCUCGAUGAGAGAUUGUGGGAGCCACUCGACCUGCCAGCACUGGUGACAGAAAAUAUCCCCAACCCACCUGACCGAAUAUUCUGGAAAGCUGUUCUCCUCCUACCUAGCGACCACGAGAGCGUAGCCAGCCUGGCAGACAGGAUCCUGUCAGACUGGCUGGAGGUGAAGCUCGGUGGCGGCAAAGGGUCAGAGGAGAGGGAGGAGCAGCUAGAAGGUACACUGCAGACCCUCUGUGUCACCAACACACUCCAGGAUAAAGGACAACGCACUCACAAGGUCCACAUCAGCAUCAAGACGUCCCGAGGCCCUCUUUCCGAAGACAGCCUGUCCAAAACGGAGGAGUGCUGUGAGCUCCAGGGUACAGGAGCUCUGAUGGUGUUGCUCCCCGCCAUGCCCAUCAUUGAGCCCGGGCACGACGAGCAGGAUAUUCCUCUGCUGUCGGCUCUGCUUCAGCUCAAACAGCUACAGCAAGCCAGCGCCUGGCACUGCCCGCUGCCUCUGGCCAUUCUGGUGCCAGGGCCUGAGUGUGGCACUGGGGAUACGCAGAAACUCGAAGAAGCCCUGAUGCUGCAAACACUGGUUCAGGAGGGCCUGAUAUCGGAGUACACAUUCUUCUUCAUACCAGAGACCACAAGUGACCUAGAGGGAUCCAAGCAGCUAAGCCAGGCUACACGUUGGCUGCUGGCCCGUGCUCCCCCACCCUUCCCGCUCUCCUGCCAGACCCUGGUGCAGCUCGUAGAGGCCAGUUUGAGUCGUGAGUUCAGCCCCAGAGUUUACGCUCACCGCCAGGACCGGGUUGCUGCUCGUCUUCCCUCCCAGGACCCCGUGCCUGUCAUCGAGCUGUACAACGCCGUCGUGGCUCACAUCGCUGACAAAGUGUCUUCCCAAGAUCUCAGCCGACUCUCUUGGCCGCCAGGAGAGUUCUGCUUGCAUGUUACCCGUGACUUUGUCCCUCAUCUGGGUUGGAACUCUGCCCUGCACCUGGACUGGUUACGCAAAGUCAUCCUCAGCCUGCAGCUGCCACAGUGGGAGCAGCUAUCUGCUACAGAUUCGUGGUCUGAGCUCUGCUCCUCCAUCUUUCGCUACGCCACUCAGAUACCAGUCUCGCGACACAGUCAGCCUCUUCUAAUGUCACGACUGGAAAACCUUCUGGAAAGGGUCAGGCUCGGAGGCCACCAUACACGAACCCCCGCAUCCAAGGUGGCCACGAGCAACUGGGACGACCAGGAUACGUGUCCAGCCUUCAGUCAGAUUCCUUGGGACGACGUGCUAGUGAUUUGCAUAGACCACAAACUGAAAGACUGGCAGAUCCCCGGACCACCUGUCUGCGAAGAUGCCAUGACGGAUGAUGGGGAGAUCCUGGUUUACCUCCCCACUAAGUCACUGAAGGGUUUCCAGCCACCUGAGGAAUGGACCCAGGGAAUCAGACAAACCCACCGAGAGAAGCAGCAAGAGAGAGAAGGUGCGGGUGCUGCUGCUUGUGCCACGCCCAGCAGUCUGUCACUCAGACAGAGGUUGUUCAACAGUCUGGUCGAGCCUCUCGAGGCCCCGACAGCACCGCUGGACAUCACGUACACUCCCACAUCACAAGAGCUACUGACCCACAAAUACCUCCAGAGCUUGGAGGAGGAGAAGGCUGAAAGCAAAAGGUGCAUGGAUCAGCUGCAGCGUUGGAUGGAUGGUGACCCCUUGGACCACUUGUCGACACCGCUUUUCAUUCCAUCCUCCACUCUGUUAUCGAUGUCCACAACCAUAAUGCAUGCACCCACAGCCGCUCUCACACAGGAGCCAGAGCCUGAUGACCUGUCGGACAAAUCAGUCCGGCCUAAAACAACGCCUGUGUCUAUGGCAUGGAGACUGAAGGAUCUAGAGCGACAGAUUUUGGCGAGCCAUGAGGAAGAAUUGGCCUGCAGACUGAAGCUGAGUGGUCUGCUGAGCAUUGUUGAUGACUGAUGAACUUUUAAAGGAAACUCAAUUCAAAUGACUGCCGCUAUGCAAAUAUUUGAAAACUGAGUACAAAAAAAGCUUCUGCCUGUGGCGAGAGACUAUUUUUUUUAUUAUUUGCUGAGCUCAUGGCAUACUGAGUUCACUAUUUUGUCUGUACAGUGUCAAUCAUAUAGGUUUUUGCAUAAACCUGAUGAGAUGCUUUUUCUCAAAGGGUGUAAAAAUCUCUGGAAAGGCUGCUCUUCUUCUUUCCUGUCUUUAACACACAAUUAAGUACUUGGAUUGUAUUUGUAUAACAAAUUCAUAUAAUGUCUUCUGUGUUGUUUGAACAAGUUUUUGUAUUGAGUUAUGAAAUUGUCUAAAAGCUGAA